CCCAUUUCUUGUACCAGUGGAAGUCCGACUGCCACUUCCUCAACGGGACGCAGCGGGUGCGGUUCCUGGACAGGGACAUCUACGAACGGCAGGGGGUUGUCCGGGUCGAUAGCCCCCAGGAGAUCCGGCAGGACGAGAGGGCCGCCGUGGAUUACUUCUGCCGGCACAACUACGAGGUUCUCCAAGGCGCUCCUGUGGUUGGCCGGAGAGCCAAGCCCACCGUCACCAUCUCCCCCACCAAGACGGACCCCGGUUCCCCCAACACCAUCCUCCUCUGCACCGUGACCGGCUUUUACCCCCGGGGGAUCGACGUCCAGUGGCUGAAGAGCGGGCGGCCGGAGAAGGAGGGCGUCGCCUUCGGGGAGGAGCUCCAGAACGGAGACUGGACCUACCAGCACCAG